AAACCUCAAACAUCUGAGUUCAGACAGUCCAACCAGAUUUUUCUUUUUUUUCCCACUACAGAGACUUUCAGUUUGGGACGCCAAGAAAUCGCCACAUGGCACAAAAAUCUCCAUGAUUGGUGAAGCACAAAUCUUUUUUUUUUUCCAGCCCACUCAUGGAUUGGCUCCUAAUCCUCUCAUAUAUUAUUCCACCAUUUCUCUCUCCUCUUUCCUUCACCGGAAGGACAACUGAAAAAAAACUAAAAAAACAAAACCAGAGAAAUACACACACAUAUAUAUAGAGAGAGAUACAAGUAAUUUAAAGAAAGAGAGGCUUCCACAAGAAUGGCUUCCACUCUAUGUUACAACGCCAUAAAUCUCUCAACGCCGGUUUUCUCGAGAACCCAGUUCCCGAAUCAGUCUUCCAAGGACUUCUCUUUUGAAUUCUCGCCGUUUUUCCGUCACUGGAGCAGAUGGGCCGGAACUAGUACUACAGGGCAGAAGAGAACUAGUUUCGGAGAGAUUAAGGCAACAGUGGCGGCGCCGGCGCUGGAGACGGAGAGGGGGAGGUCGCCGGAAAAGAAGAUCCGGUUGCUGAUCGCCGGCGGGGGGAUAGGAGGGCUGGUGUUGGCCUUGGCAGCGAAGAAGAAAGGAUUUGAAGUGUUGGUGUUUGAGAAGGAUUUGAGCGCCAUUAGAGGUGAAGGGCAGUACAGAGGUCCAAUUCAGAUACAGAGCAAUGCUUUGGCUGCUUUGGAAGCUAUUGAUAUGGAGGUCGCUGAGGAGGUUAUGAGAGUUGGGUGCGUUACUGGUGACAGGAUUAAUGGCUUGGUCGAUGGGGUUUCUGGUUCUUGGUACGUCAAGUUUGACACCUUCACUCCUGCAUCGGAACGUGGGCUUCCGGUUACGAGAGUGAUAAGCCGAAUGGCCUUGCAACAAAUCCUUGCUCUUGCUGUUGGCGAUGAUAUCAUUAAGAACGAAAGUACGGUUGUCGAUUUUGAGGAUCAUGGGGACAAGGUCACUGUAAUCCUCGAGAAUGGACAGCGUUAUGAAGGUGAUCUUCUAGUUGGAGCUGAUGGUAUAUGGUCAAAGGUGAGGAAGAACUUGUUUGGUCCAACGGAAGCUAUCUACUCGGAUUAUACAUGUUAUACCGGAAUUGCAGAUUUUGUGCCUGCUGACAUUGAAACUGUAGGGUAUCGAGUAUUCUUGGGACACAAGCAAUACUUUGUUUCUUCGGAUGUGGGCGCAGGGAAGAUGCAGUGGUAUGCAUUUAACAAGGAACCACCUGGUGGUGUUGAUGGCCCCCGUGGGAAAAGGGUAAGGUUGCUCAAAAUAUUUGAGGGCUGGUGUGACAAUGUUAUAGAUCUGAUACUUGCCACGGAUGAAGACAUGAUUCUUCGAAGGGACAUAUACGAUAGAACUCCCACUUUAACAUGGGGAAGGGGCCGUGUGACGUUGCUCGGCGAUUCUAUCCAUGCAAUGCAGCCAAAUAUGGGGCAAGGAGGUUGCAUGGCCAUUGAGGACAGUUAUCAGCUUGCUUUGGAGCUUGAUAAAGCAUGGGAAGAAAGCAUCAAAUCAGGAACUCCUGUAGACAUUGUUUCUUCUCUAAAAAGAUAUGAGAAAGCUAGAAGGUUGCGAGUUGCCGUAAUUCAUGGAAUGGCUAGAAUGGCUGCCCUAAUGGCUUCAACCUACAAAGCUUAUCUGGGCGUAGGACUCGGUCCAUUAUCGUUUUUGACCAAGUAUAGAAUCCCACAUCCAGGAACAUUUGGGGGUAGAUUCUUUAUUGACCUGGCAAUGCCCCUGAUGUUAAAUUGGGUCUUAGGUGGUAAUAGCUCAAAACUCGAAGGGAGGCCACAAAGCUGCAGGCUCUCAGACAAAGCAAGUGACCAGUUACGCAAAUGGUUCGAGGAUGAUGAUGCAUUGGAACGUGCUAUGAAGGGAGAGUGGUUUAUUUUGCCACAUGGAAAUGCCACCGGGACUUUGCAGCCUAUCCGUUUGAAUAGGGAUGAGAACAAGCCCUCAAUAGUUGGGAGCGUACCACACGACGACUCUUCAGGAACGUCAAUUACACUUCCUUUGCCACAGGUUUCGAAUAGGCAUGCCCGUAUCAGUUACAAGGAUGGCGCCUUUUUUGUGACUGAUUUGCGAAGCGAACAUGGCACCUGGAUCGUUGAUAAUGAGGGCAGGCGGUACCGGAUACCUCCAAAUUUUCCCACUCGUUUUCGUCCAUCAGAUUCUAUUGAGUUUGGUUCCGACAAGAAGGCAACAUUUCGGGUCAAGGUGAUCAGGUCUUCUUCUACAACAACUGUAGCACAAAAGGAAGAAAGUGACCUUCUCCAGACGGCAUGAAAAAUUCUAGAAAACGACUGAGAUUUGAUUAAUACAUAAUUUAACAUGAAUUGUACAGCAUUUAUUCAGGGAAGUGAAUCGGGAACAUUAAAAACUUGUGUCAAUUCUUUUACAAAGAAUGUGUUGUACCUGUAUGCACACAUAUAUAUCCGAUCAAUGUAAAAUGUUCCACCCUUUUUUUUUUUU